CACUAGUCUACCAAUUCUAUUUGUUUAUUAAGGAAAAAGAUUUUUUAAAAUUUGCAUUUGCGGCGGCGGAUGCAGUGCAAAAAUAAUGGAUUUGUAUGAUGACAUAGAUACCAAGCCGCGUGCCAGCCAAAUCGAUGGCUGGUCAUCGGGCAUUAAAAUGUUGCAGACACAACUAGCCGUGAAAAAAGCAGCCCAAUUGCCCAAACCCAGAGAACAAAUUAAGAAACCGCUUAUGACACCUGUGGUCAAUCUGCGAGCUAAGCGAGCAGCAACAGAUGCCCCGGAGACAGCAGGAUUUCCGCCCAUAGUAGGGGCCACCACAAAACCCAUUAUAACUGGAACAGCUCUGCCACCUCCCGCCAUGGAAAGUUUAAAGAAGGAUGAUUGGAGUGAUUUUGUAGACGAAUACGAUCCCCAAUGGCCCAAUGAGUAUGAAAAGCUCAAAGAGAAGACAAAAAGUAGCGAUAAAUCACGGAAUAGCGGCAACAAGGAGCAUCGGAGUAUUAACAAAGAUCGAGAUGGCCCACAGGAACGAGAUCAUGAUCGCAAGCGUAAUCGUGGUAGCGGUGGACGCGGAGGUGGUGGGGGACGCGACAAUCACAAAGAUCGGGAUAACAAUUCACCACCAAGUGUGAAAUUUAGCGGCUUUAGCCAGCGACAAAGCGAGGAGGAUCGAUAUAGUCCGCCAGCGCCUGGUUCAAUGGCCAAACAAGGUGGCGGUGCAGCCAUAGCUCCACCACCAUCUCUGCAAGAAAUCUCUAUUGAUAAUGGUGAUGGCAGCUCCAACGUUACAAUACCCUAUUCGGCUAGCUCUGUAGCAGCCAAAAUUAUGGCCAAAUAUGGUUUCAAAGAUGGGCAGGGUCUAGGCAAAUCCGAGCAAGGCAUGUCUGUGGCAUUACAAGUGGAAAAGACGUCAAAACGCGGUGGAAGGAUUAUACAUGAAAAAGAUGUUUUCCUGCCACCAGCGCCAUUGGGCGGAGGGACACCAUCAUCCUCUUCAUCGCCUCCAAUGUUAGCUCCUCCUAGUCCUAGUCACAACGCUAUGCCACCGCCCUCGUUCCCCGGUUUGGCACCGCCUUCUGCUAAUGAACCAGAGCCAAGUAUCACAGAAAUAAUGAAAGAUCCCAGUAAAGUUGUUUUGCUGCGAAAUAUGGUGGGUCCUGGGGAUGUGGACGAGGAAUUGGAACCGGAAGUCAAAGAUGAAUGCAACACCAAGUAUGGCGAAGUGAAUAGCGUUAUAAUACAUGAAGCAUUUGGCACUACACCCGAGGACGCAGUAAAAAUCUUUGUGGAGUUUAAGCGCAUCGAGAGCGCUAUCAAAGCUGUCGUGGAUUUGAACGGACGUUUCUUCGGUGGACGCCAAGUUCGUGCUGGAUUUUAUAAUUUUGAUAAAUUCAAAUCUUUUCAAUUAAAUUAAUAA